GAAUGACGAUGCAAAAGCUACUGGAAGAAAAAUCUAGCGGUGAAUGUCGGUAGGAACAAGUGUCGUGUCGAGUACCUUCUUGUUACUCUUACUUAUGUCAGUUGUAUAACUCUAUAAAAGGAUUCUGAAAACAACAGACUAGUCUUCGAUCGGAUUAUGAACUGAAGCCAACACGAAUUCGCCAGCUCUCUCCAAGCACCGCGCCAGCUAGCUAGAGUAGCGACCGCAAUGGCGCAGCCGCAGCCGAGAAGAGGAGGCGACGACCAGCCCCGGGCGCAGGGCAACAAGGGCCCGGGCCAGUCGGAGCCCAUCAAGUACGGCCACGCCUUCGCUGUCACGGGCGAGCUCGCCGGCCAGCCCAUCGCGCCGCGCGACGCAGCCGCCAUGCGGUCCGCCGAGGACAGCGUGCCGGGCGUCCAGGUCCCGCAGGAGAGCGGCGGCGGGUUCAGCGCCGCGGCCUUCAUGGAGUCGGCCGCCGCGUACAACCAGGCCGUCGGCGCCGUCCGCCCCGGCCAGGCCAGCGAUGUUGCCGCCAGACAGGGAAUCAACGUCACCCAGGACGCCGUGCCCGGCGGCCGCAUUGUCACCGAGUUCGUGGCAGGCCAGGUGGUGGGGCAGUACGCCAUCGCCGAAGCGCCGGCGGAGCAGGACGGGGCGGGUGCCAAGGCCGCUGGGGACGAGGGUGGUGCAGGCCACGACGAUGCGGGAGCGCGCGGCGGGGUGGGUGCCGCUGGUACCACGGCGGCGAGGCGCAACUGAGAUAACGACUUGGGCGACGCAUCAAUUAUAUAAUGUUACUGCGCAUGUACAACUCAAAUGGACCAAAACCGAGCUGUUCUGUAAGCUUAGCUAGGGAGGUGCGAUCGAGUAUGCAGGCAGAUCGACCCAUGGCCGUGCCGUAUGUGGCUAGGUGCAUGUGUAUGGAAGCUUGGCAGUGUGUAUACAGAAAUAAUAGAGUUGCAUGCAUCCAAACAA